UCUCGUCUUUUAAAGUUUAUCUCAUGGCGAUUUCCUCUUAGAACAGCCAUUUUGUAUUUAGCUCUUUCCGGUAAGAGCCGUUGUCGAGAUGCCUUCCGUAACGUUAAAGGACGUCGAUCAACACAAAUUUGUGAAGGCCUUUGCCGCCUUCCUCAAAAAGACAGGUAAGAUGCGUGUCCCGGAAUGGGUAGACAUCGUCAAGUCAGCCCGUUUCAAGGAACUCGCCCCUUACGAUCCCGACUGGUACUACGUCAGAUGUGCUGCAUUGGUUCGUCAUAUCUACAUUCGUAGCCCAAUUGGCGUUGGGGCUGUGACUAAAAUUUUUGGAGGACGUAAACGCAAUGGCACACACCCAAGCCACUUUUGUCGGUCAGCCGGUGGUGUUGCCCGCAAGGCACUUCAGUCCCUUGAACAGUUGAAGCUCAUUGAAAGAGCCCCAGAUGGUGGCAGAAAAUUGACCAGCCAAGGCCGCAGAGACUUGGAUCGUAUCGCUGCUCAAGUUAAGGCUAAGAGCAAGAAGCAGCUGAAACUCCAGGAGACUCUUGUACUAUAAGCGCUGUAUUUGAAUAAAAAAAUAAACCUCUAAAAAAAAGCUUAAAA